GCUGACAUUUCCAAACACGCUCAGAUGUGCCAGGAUUUCGGGAGACCUCUCGAACCGCCCGCCGCGCUCCGCCGGGAGCGCCGCUCCGGAGCGGGAUGGACGACAGCAAACCCCUGAAGGUGCGGCUGGCGUUCUCCGUCAUCCUGGUGGGCAUCUCGCUGCUCUUCGCAGCCGUCGUGUCGGACCACUGGGCCGUGCUCAGCCCCAAGGUGGAGGAGUUCAACGCCACCUGCGAGGCCGCUCACUUCGGGCUAUGGCGGCUCUGCACAAAGCGGAUUUACAUGCAGGAGCAAGGCCCCAAGGAGAAGGGCUGCGGGCCCAUCAGCCUGCCAGGAGACCACAACUGCUCCUACUUCAAGCACUUCACUCCAGGAGAGACCUCAGAGAUAUUUGAAGUAACCACCCAGAAAGAAUACAGCAUUUCAGCUGCAGCCAUUGCCAUCUUCAGCGUUGGCUUCGCGAUCAUCGGGACGAUCUGCGUCCUCUUGUCCUUCAGGAAGAAGAGGGACUAUCUGCUGAAACCAGCAUCCAUGUUCUACACCUUUGCAGGUCUCUGCAUCAUCAUCUCCGUGGAGGUGAUGAGGCAGUCGGUGAAGAGGAUGAUCGACAGCGAGGAGACCGUGUGGAUCGAGUACAGCUACUCCUGGUCCUUCGCCUGCGCCUGCGCCGCCUUCGUCCUGCUCUUCGUCUGCGGCAUCGCCCUCCUCCUCAUCGCCCUGCCCCGCUUCCCCCAGAACCCCUGGGAGACCUGCAUGGAUGCAGAGCCCGAGCACUGAUGCUCCCAGCACGGGGGAAAAAAAAAAAAAAUCCAGAAAGUGUUCUGAAAAGAUUUGUAUUUUUUAAAAUGUCUGGGUCCCACUCUACAAUGUGCUCUCCAUCAAGUGAGUCAUUACUGAACCAAGGCAUGUUCGAUUGUAA